CUAGUGUUACUAUUUUCCAAUUUGUACUAAAUAAGUACACUUUUUGAAAGAUCUCAGCUACAAAUCAAAAUGUAUCGUAAGUUAAAUACGUGUAAUUAAAAGUCAUAUUCGUGGUUUGAGGUAAACACUACUUCAAAUGGAUUGGUUUUUCAAAAUAAAUUUAGAUGGGGGAAGAAAGCAGAAGGCAGCCGCAUGCCUAUUUUGGUGGUCUGGCGGGCAUGGGAGCUGUUAUGUUCACCCAUCCUUUUGACCUUGUCAAGGUCGCACUGCAGACCCAGCAAGGCGGUUUAUCGAUCCCAACGCUGGUCGGAAGGAUCGUCCGGGAACAGGGCUAUUUGGCACUAUACAAUGGAAUAUCUGCCUCGUUGCUGCGCCAAAUAACAAAUACAAUGCCGCGAUUCGCAGUCUACGAGUUUGGAAGGCAUUUAUUCAGCAAUUCUGUAUUGGGCAGCUUGAGCCAAUCCUCUUUAGCUGGCAUUGCAUCCGGAAUUUGUGGAACUCCGGCGGACUUGGUCAACGUGCGGAUGCAGAACGACGUGAAACUGCCUAAGGAAAAACGGCGCAACUACAAACAUGCAAUUGAUGGAUUUGCCCAAAUUAUCAAAAAGGAAGGAGUUAUAACCCUCUUUUCCGGUUGGACACUGGUAGCGGCUCGAGGAACUUUAAUGACUAUUGGACAGAAUUGCUGCUACGACCUGGCUAAGGCGUAUAUGCUAACAAAACCCUACUUCAAGGACAACGUGGUGACGCAUUUUACCGCCUCCAUGGUGGCGGCAACAGUUGCAACCGUGCUUACCCAACCACUGGAUGUUAUCAAGACGCGGAGGAUGAACGCGGAGCCGGGAGAAUACAAGAACAUGUUCGACAUCGUCAAGCAUACGGCCCAGCUUGGUCCACUUGGUUUCUACAAGGGCGUCGUUCCAGCAUUCCUGCGGUUAGGACCUCACACUAUUCUAAUGUUUAUAUUUUUUGAGCAGUUGCGUCUCCACUUUGGCUACUUACCCGAAAACCAGAAGGAAGUUAAACACUCAAUAGCUUGGGAGGAAAUUAAUUACAGUCACCUAAAAUUUAUAGUCGCCAAUCUCAUUUAAUUUUACUGUCUCACAGUAUAGAUUACUUAGCUGUCUCGAAUGGCUUGCAAAGAUUUCAGAGACAUCUAAAGUAAUCUUAAUUAUUCGACGUUAAUUCAGAAAAAUUUUGACACCAGUCUGAUCGAUGGAAUCCAUCGAGACAGUUAAGUAAAUUACACUGUGCUACAAAAAUGACGAAAUUUUUUAUUUAUUUAUUUAUUUAUUUACAUUCUGUUAGCUUAAAGUUAAAACUAAAGCUACAGGGGGGGCGUUGCAGCCAUAGCUACUAAGGCUUUCGGCUGGCUCAUUUAUUUUAUUUUUUGUUUUUCGUAGUUACAUUUUUUGUUAUUUACUUAAUCCUAAUGUCUGUAUUAGUCUAUGUGAAAUUCAAGUUUUUGCACAAUUCUAUAUAAUUCGAAAAUUAGUUUUCUUAUUUCUAUUGUG